AUGACAAAUGAUUCAGAUGGCCGAUUACGCGGCGCUUUCGUGCUCCAGGUGAAAAUCCGUGCUACACUAGAUUCUGCUGUCGGUAAAAUGUCGGGAUUUUCCGAGGUAGCAAUGCGUGAAAGGUUGGCGAAGCUUAGGCCUCAGCAAGAUUCCAUAAACACAUUAUCGCUUUGGUUGAUGCACCAUCACCGCCAUAUGGAUGACAUCGUGCAAAUCUGGCUGAAGGAGGUCCGAAAGGAGACGAACUCUUCACAAAUUGUUAAUUUGUUGUACGUUGCUAAUGAUGUCAUACAGAACAGUCGUAAGAAAAAUCCAGAGUUCAUGACAAAGUUUUAUGGUGUGUUGGAGCCUGCAUUCAGACAUGCUGCCAAGAUAUCUGGCCCAGAGCUGGACAAAGCUAUGAUCAAAACUCUCAACGUUUGGAGAGAUCGACAGAUUUACAACGAAGAGCAGUUGUUACCGUACUUUAUCCUUUUUGCUAUAGAAUCCCUUGGGCGCUAA